GGGAGCGGGAUCCCGGGAAGCCAGGGUGGUAACGCGAGCAGGAUUUCGGAGUCGGGAAGCCGAGCGGCCCCGGCAGGCUCCGAACGCCGGCGGGACCAGAUGAGAGCAUUUAAACGAAAGCACCUUACAGCCAGUGACUGUGAAGCAUUCAGCCAGAGCGGAGAAGGCUCAUCUUCCCUGACACAGCCUUUCAGUCAAAGACGGGUGAGCGGAGAUCUAAACAGGGGCCUCUACCCUACGUACAGAACCAAGAGACAGCAAGAAGGACAGGGUCAUCAGAGGAGCAUCACUGAUUACUUCAAAGUCAUUCAGAUGCCACCCACCGGUAACAAAGUGGCAAAAAGCAAUGAAGUUAAGGAAGAGUCGUUGGAUUCCUUCUUCAUGGACGAGGAGUUGGAGGAUCACUGUGCCCUCCUUGGAUGUGAUGGAGAUGCUAAAACGGCUCCCUGGGGUCCUGUGGCCUCUAGGAAACGGCCUCUCUGCUCAGAAGGAGCUGGCAGCAAUUAUACAGAAUACAGUAGAUGUGGUGGGACUGAUAAAAAGCCCACGAUGGACAGUUCCCUCAAGUAUUUUCCAGGACACACAGAAAUCAGACAAGACCCUGAUGUCAUAGAAAUUGAUCCAAUUCCUGAUUCAUAUUUUGGGCUCCUAGGGACUUCAUGCGGUAAAGAACCCCAAGGACACAUUGACCAGCUGCCCAAUGAAGUCCUGAGCAUUAUCUUUGCUUUCCUCCCUGUGACUGAUCUCUGUCUGAACCUGAGCUUGGUGUGUCAUCGCUGGAGAGAGAUUAUCAGUGAUCCAUUGUUUAUCCUGUGGAAAAAGCUGUACCGUCAGUACCUCAUGAAGGAGGCCCAGGCUCUGCUCACAGUUGAAUGGAUUCUGGAUCAUUACGGUAUAACCCAAGAGCAGGAUCAGUGCAUGCUGGGAUUUAUAAGGUAUAUGGCCGCCUCCAACGCUACCCGGAGAAUGGACCCUGAAGCAGUUCUCAGAUGCUUGAAGCAGCACCAUCUGUUUACCAAGGCAGAAAUAUGCAUCAUCCAGAGACUGCCUGAUUUAGAGGGCACUGCGGGGGCUGUGAACGUGUGGGCCGUGAUGGCAGCUAUUGUGCUCUUCUCCGAUGGCGUUCGUGACAUCCAGAAGCUGAUGGCUUGUCUUAGGAGACCCAGCUCUACCCUUUCAGUCCUGGACAUCACUGAGAUGUUGUACUGUAUGGCCACACUGCUGAAUGCAAUGAGGGAGAAGGGCAUCAAUAUAAGUAACAGGUUUCACUACAGUAUUUUCUACUGCUUGUAUUUGAUGGAGAACUCUUGCCCUGUUACUAAGACGACAAAGCUGGAAACACCCAGUUCAAACUGUGGAAGAGGCGCUUGGCCCAGUAAGAAGCUUGACAUAAAACUAACCCACGAACAGCAAAGGAUCCUAAACCACACAAUCUUGCCUGGUCAAGUAGUGAAAAUUAUGGCAUUUGCAGGUACGGGAAAGACCUCGACUUUGGUCAAGUAUGCAGAGAAGUUUCCCCAUCUCAGCUUUCUGUAUGUGGCAUUUAACAAGGCCAUCGUGGAGAGCGGAAAGAGUGUCUUCCCACCUAACGUUAUGUGCAAGACUUUCCAUUCAUUAGCGUAUGCGAGUGUCGGCAAAUACUAUAAUGAAAAAGGCAAACUAAAUUUUUCCAACCUGUCACCCUACACGAUCAGCUUCAUCCUCAAACAUCGCAUGGGACAAUCUCUCUUCGUAAGAGCAAAGACAGUAACUCAGACGCUUGAAAGCUUUUUUGCUUCUCCAGAUGAAUUCAUAUCGGUGGAGCACACCCCCAUAUGGUGCAAAAAUACACACGGCAUGAGGGUCCUAGUCUGUGAAGAAGAGAAGCAAAUCAUUGUUGAAGAAGCAAGACGGAUAUGGGACAAUAUGAAAAUGCUAAAUGGAAAUACAGAACUGAAUUGCAAAAUGACAUCAGAUGGGUAUUUGAAGCUUUGGCAGCUUAGGAAGCCGCGGCUUUUUGCAUAUGAUGCCAUAUUUGUGGAUGAAGCACAAGACUGCACGCCAGCCAUCAUGGACAUUGUGCUGUCCCAGACCUGUGGGAUAAUCUUUGUAGGAGAUCCACACCAACAGAUCUAUACCUUCCGAGGUGCUGUCAAUGCGCUCUUCGCCGUGCCACACACCCACAUCUUCUAUCUCACACAGAGUUUCAGAUUUGGCCCUGAAAUAGCUUACGUUGGAUCUACUAUCUUGGAUGUCUGCAAGAAAAUCCGGAAUAAGAUGUUAGUGGGUGGAAAUCAAGAGGGUGAUGUCAGAGGCAGCACGAAUGGGAAGACUGCUUUCUUAUCACGGGGCAAUUUGAAUGUGUUUGAGAACGCAGUGACAAUUACUGGAAGAGAGAGACCAACAAAAAUACACUUGCUUGGGGGGCCUAAAAAUUUUGGACUAGACAAAAUUCAUGAUAUUUGGAAACUCCUUCAACCUGAAGAGGCCCGUGUGAGAUUGAAACUCCAAAUUGAUGACCACUUUAUCAAAAAGUGGGUUGAGAAGGAUGGCUUCCAGGGUUUAAAGAACUAUGCAUCCAAAACUGAAGACAGGGAACUGGAGGUGAAGAUCACAAUAGUGGAGAAAUACAAUGUCCGCAUUCCCGAGCUGGUGGCGAGGAUAAAGAACAGUCACGUAUCAAAUAUAGCAUUUGCAGAUUAUGUGAUAGGCACCGUGUACAAAGCCAAAGGCCUGGAGUUUGAUACUGUGCUGGUUGCAGAUGAUUUUAUGAAAGUCCCUUGUGCCAGGCAUAAUCUCCAGAGGCUGCCUCACUUUACCACUGACAUGUCUGCUGAAGAUGAAUGGAACUUGCUGUAUGUUGCAGUGACUCGUGCCAAAAAGCAUCUGUUAAUGACAAAGUCCCUGGAAUAUCUUUUGACUUUGGCUGGGGAGUAUUUCUUGCGGCCAGAGUUGACUAGUGAGGCCUUAAAGGAAGGGGCAAUUCAUUGCUCCGUGUCACAGUGCCACAACGCUGUGCCAGCCGACUCGAUUCUAACCAUGAAGAAAGUGCCCCUCACUUACAGCAAUGGCAGCAAAGACCAAGGUGGCUACCUGUGCCAUGCUUGCGUGCAGCAGCGUCUUGGCCCCUUGACACAGCUAACCGUUUCCCCUGAGCUGGUCCUGACCAUGGAUGUCGUCGAUGAAGUGUUAGAAAUUCCGAGGCACGUUGCUGUCCUCUAUGACCUGUUUUGAAAACAGGAAGGGGCUGGUUUUAUGUCCUAGAUCUGGCUCUGACGUGUUGGAAGUGAGGAGGUCUGUAGCUAGCAUCUCUGUAUUGUUACUGAUGUCCUUGGAGAAAUGAAGUUGAUGGUCCUUGGACAAGCUCAUCAGAAGAAGGACAAGACCAGAGCUGUUCAUGAGGGCGCUGUGAAUAAGGUCUGGGGUUAUCCCUCUGUUACAAGAGGGUACCUUGGUCGAUGUAUGUUCCAAGUGGCUGUCUAUUACGUUUCACUGUAAGAAACCCGGACUGCGUAACUUGUACAAUACUAGAUGCACUUGGACUUGACAGAUUUUCUUUCUGAACGUUGGCACGCUUGUCCCACAUGUUGCCCCUCAGGGUGGCUAGUUUCUGUCAGUGGUGCACAUUCAGGUGACUGGCUUUUAUGAUUGCCCAGACUUUUUGCAAUAUUUAAGCUUUAUCCCAAUGCAUUCUGGUCAUUGGGCAAACUGAGACGAGCAUGCAAAACUAAGGGAGAUGAUGUAAAAGCAUUUUAUUACUAAUGAAAGAACUCAUUCCUGGAGUUAAUUUUCAUAGGGCUAAUCUCAUCUCCAGGGAGGAAUAGCUGACUUCCCGUGCAUCAAGUCGAGAACGUCUUUUUUUAACAUGUAAUCUUUGGGUGUUCCCCAGUCUCUCCAUCUCUGCCUCUUUCUCUCAUCCAUGGUCCUCUCUUCCCCGUACAUCAAUCUCUUCAACAAAACAAAAUCAGUUCUUCAGUUAAACCUCAGGAUGAUGAUCGUAGAGAACCAGAGUGUCUUAUGCUGUGAUCAAGUAUGUAAUAAAAACAGAAGCCUGUUUGUAUUAAACAGUGCGGAUUUUUUUAAUUGGAGAAAAAGCUGUUUUUGA